CGAUGUGUCAUUAAAAGAAAGCAUCAGAGAAUAGUUUUGGUUUGAAGACUCCGUUUCAAAUCACUCUUCAAGCAACCACUGACCAUAAUGAACUCAGAAGUACCAGCUGUUGUGUGAAGCACACCAUCCACCACAAAAAAAACAUCAAGCUUGCCAAAGGAAUUUAAAAAAUUAUUCACACUCCAAUGCACAUCACUCUCACUUGCUUAAGGCAAAACAAAAAACACCAUAUGGCAUUACCACUGUUUUUGCAAUGCAGUUCUCAUAUCUGGUAGUUCAUGCAUCAUCCUUCGGGACUUCACACUGAACACACACACCAACAAAACAGGGACAAAAAAGUCCCAGCCAUGGAUACCAAAUCGUCUCUAGCUUCACUUAUGUCACAAACCUUACCACUACUAUAAGCUCAGUCAGCACAGACAUCCAGCGCGCACUGUAGUGCUUCACGAUCGCUGUCUUGCCCAUUCAGACAUCUAAUUGCACUCAGCAGUUUCCCUUUCCUUGAGGAGAAGGAGAGCUGCUCACACAGAUGGCCUUCAAUGGAACAUGGCAAAUGCACUCUCAGGAGAACCAUGAGGAGUUCUUCAAAGUAAUGUCUAUGCCAGACACGGUGAUCCGCAUCAUGCGUGAUGUGAAGCCAUUGACGGAGAUCCAGCAGACGGGCGAUGACUUUGUGGUGACGGUGAAGACCCCGCUGCGAUCCAACACAAACACCUUCACACUGGGCCGCGAGGCCACAAUCAACACAUUUGAUGGCAAGAAGGUCAAGUGUACAGUUAACCUGGAGGAUGGGAAGCUGGUCUGCACCACAGAGAAGUUCACCCACGUGCGGGAGAUCCAGGGAGAGGAGAUGGUGGAGACGAUGACAGCUGGCUCUACAUCCAUGAUCAGGAAGAGCAAGAGGACCUGAUAAGGAACAUGAUCUACCUCAACUAAUGAAUAUGUUUGUAUUGAAAGAAACCCUAAAUAAAAUCACUAUAUGCUACUUAAUGUGUUCUUACUGAAAUGUUAAUAAAUCAAACGUCUACAUAUCACAUUUUUGAUUCUUUGUCCUCAUGAUGUUCAUAAACUAAAAAAAACGUACAAAAACAAAACACUAUCAACAACAGCAGCAAUCAGAGAUGGCAACACAGUCAACAGUGGACACGUGAUGUUCCCAGGACCAUAAAUAAACUUUUUUUCAUCACCAGCCAAAAUGGCUGGUAGAUGUUCAUCUGACUAGCCAAAGAACACACAAUCACUAAUGGGUCAAAGCGGCUUGUAAGCUGGUCUUUUCUACCAGCCAAAAUGACAUUUUCACCAGCAUUUGGCCAGUGUCAGUUUGGAGCCCUGGAUGUUCCACUCCAACUCUCACAGCCCAGUAGGGCGAGGUUAAAAGCACCAACCAAUACACAUGUGUAGUUGUCUGUGGAUGGUUGUGUAGUGCACUGUGUGUACUUGUGUCAAAAAUGCAUAGUGCGGGCCCUACCGUGGCUCUAACGGUAGGGCACUAGACUGCUAUGCUGGCGACCUGGGUUUCAUUCCGGCCCGGGUCAUUUGCCAAUACCUCCCCGUCUCUCUCCCCACUGAUCACUCAUCCCGUCUGUCCUUCACUGUCCUGUCAAGAAUAAAGACAAAAAGCCCCCCCAGAAAAAUGCAUGU